AUGGCGAGCCGCCUGGAUGCCAGCGUGGGCGUUCUACUCCGCGUCGCUCAGACGCCCUCGGGCGCCGCGCUCCUGGCAGAGCGUCGCAUCUUCCAGCUCCUGGCAUUCUGCCCUCUUCUGCGUGAGUUCGUCUUAAGCAACGAGUCGAGCUACGUGGUGCCUGCAAAUUCCAUUGACGGUGCACCGAUGGUCAUGGCCGAGAAGCAGCGGCGAAAUCUCUUGGCGGCUUGGAGGAGGCCUGCUCACAGCAGCUGGUGCCGCGUCCUACUCCUCGUGGCUACCAUCCUUUCCUCGGUGUCUGCACCCUCCGGGGCAGAGCACUUCCUGCAGGUCUACAGGGAGCGCUUCUGCUUCGUCUUUCAGACGAACCUCCAAAGCGGAAGAUUGGCGGCUCUGGAAGAAGCGACGCUGAUGGCCCGAGUUUUGGCUUUCCUGUCGAACUCCUGCAGCCUUGCGCAAAGCUUGGCCACGGACGCCUCUUUGAGGGCCAUGAUCUUCAUCAUGGCCAGCUGCCUCACAGAGCGCUCGUCCCCUUCGGAGGUGUUUCUUCCAAUCUCUGCCGAGGAACGAGCUGCCGCUUUGGUGCAACAGGUGGCCGUGGAUGGAGACAGCACUUCCGCACAGGUGCCUUCCAUUUUCCAUCAGCGCGUGGAGUACUUAGGACUGGAGGUCACCAGGAGCCUGCUCCUCGCGUUGCUCCGGAUCUCGUCGUCACCUCAGUGGGCCCUCGGAAGGGCCUCCCAGGUCACUGGUUCGGUGGCGCUACCUCCGCCCGCACCAGGGUGGCCUACGGCAUAUCAAAGCGUCUUCGGCCUGAGGAAUGCCGGAGGCAACGCGGCCUUGGGCUCCGAGACGGAUCUGCUCCGAUUCUGGGCGGCCCUCAUGGACGUCGUACUGGAGGCAGGAAGAAAAGCCUUGGAAGUCCUCGAGACGCUGCGUGGAACCCGUCAGGAGCUGAAUCGACUGCUGAUCUCCUCCUGUGCCCCACCGGGCAACAGAGAGGAAGGCGAUGCCUGGCUACCGCUUUCCCUGGCUUUGGUGGGAGUUGGCGAGUUCUGCACUUAA